UAGUAAAGGGAUAAGAACAGCCAGACGAUAUUGUACAUUGCAAAUUUUAAGGGCUUACCAAUACAUAAGACAUCUUUAUGGCCCCUGAUGCGUGUCAGUCUUGAAGAAACUUAAAUAUGUAUACAACUACAACUUUAUUUGAACGAAAAGUGUGAUAAUAUUGGCGGGAAACGUGCCGCUAUGAUUUGUGGCGGUGCUGCUAUGAAGAAAUGACAUCCACAUCCCGUAACGGUAACCGAGACGUACACAAAAGAUGGCUGCUCUACAGUUUCAGAUUCACACAGAUCAGGAAAACCUGGGGUCACACGUAACCGCACCAAAAGGUCACCAGAGAACUGUUUCUGGAAUACGUGGCAAAACUUUUCAGUCAGGCACACCAUAUGUGAACCCCACCCCAAGGAAGGCUUUGGGUGAUGUUAACUGCAACAGAGGCCCACCUCUGUCUGGAAAGCCGCCUGCACCCCUGAAACCUCUGGCUAACAAGUCUGUCACAAAGAAACCAGUUCAGAACAUUCUUAAGCAGUCUGGGUUGCAGAAAGAAAACAAAGGACUGGGAGUGAAAGUAAAACAUUCGUCUGAAAACCGACAAAGCAAACAUGGACAGAAAGAAGGUAACAAGAAAUUAAAGUGUUCAGCUCCAGAAGUGAUCCAUAUAACUGCAGAACAAAGACUGCCACCGGCUGAUGUGGACGAAAUUGAAAAGAUGCCAGUUGCUCCUAAAACAGAAGAUGACUUUGAAGAUAUCUGGCCCAAAAAAGAACGAGUCAGCACGUAUAUAGAAAAACUAAUAAGCUGGCGACCACCGUGCCUGUUUGGUGUGCACGCUUACAGUGAUGAGGAAGAAGAAGAGGACGGAGAGAAAAGAUUAAAAGAAAUGAUGGACCUAAUUGACAGUUUACCCAAACCAGCCGGAAUAAAAGAUGAAUAUGACAUUUCAGAAGAAGAGUUACAAGCACCAGAGUUUGAAAAUGUUCCUCUGCCCUCCAUAGACGAUCUAUCGUUUCCAUUUAUAGACGAAACUGUCAUUUCGCAGUCAUUGGAAGAUUCUUUCAGUGUAGUUCCACACUUGGAAAGACUGCAGAUCAAUGUUGACUGCUUGUACUAACACAAUCAGGUGUCUAUAAAACGUUGAAGUGCACUUUAUGUCUCAUUAUAUGUGGCAACAACAGACUAGUAUACAAAUGUUGCUUUUUAGGGCAUUUUACACCAGCAAAGCAUUACCAUUAUCUUCCACUUGCUGACAACAUUUAUAUACAGUUGUUAAAGAACAGUAAGUGAAAACGUUGAAGUACACUUUGUGUCUCAUUACAUGUGGCAACAACAGACUCGUAUACGAAUGUUGCUUUUUAGGGCACUUUAAACCAGCAAAGCAUUACCAUUAUCUUCCAUUUGCUGACAUUUAUACAGUUGUUAAACUUACAGGGAGUGAAAACUACUUUUUCUUUUCAUGUUCCCUCAGAUUAUCGCCGAGAUGGUAGGGUAGCUGGAACUACUGCACCAAUAUCUUAAUGACAAGAGGGACACAGUGAAUACUAAAACUCCAUCUUCUGUCAGACUAGCCCAAGACCCCAGAAUAGCUCUUCAUAAAGAGUUUCUUACGAAAUAAAAGUUUUCCUUUUAUAUUAUAGGAUCAUCGAAAUUAAUAAACAAUCAAAAUGUAAUGCAGGGUCACCAUAAAACUAAAUUUGUAUAGUUCCAUGACAUGAAAGGGAAAUUCCAUUGGGUAAAGUCAGGAUAGGUCUCUUCUCUUUUUUUUUUAAAACACGGAAAUUUACUUUUUUGUUUGGUGCAUGAUAUGUACACUGACAAACAAUGCAUCAGUCAUAAAUAUAGGAGAUGUAUGACGUUUGUGAGAAAAAUGUAUGUAGUGAUGUAUCUAUCUGCGAAUAUUUUGGAAGGAAUGGAUGAAAAUAUCAUUUGAUCUGUUUUUAACUGGUUUGUGUGUGUAAAUGUUCUGAUUUUUGUCUAUCAAAUUGAUCUCAUUAAAUAGUGUCACUAUGGGGGAAUACCAAAAAUAGUUUUUACUACUUUUGUUUUGUGGGCCACAUCAUGCCAUUUCACCUUUUUUUUUCAAGAAUCCCUUUCUGCAAAUUGGUUAUAUCUAAGCCAAAACUAAUUUUUUUUACGGUAACCCAACCAGUACUUAUAAAUCAUCACUUUAUUUCUGUUUGUUUUUCUUUAUAUUCUUUAAAGCAGAAAUAGGACUCCAAAUAAAAAUGUCUAGAGGUUCUCCGCAACUCUUCCCCUCCCCUCCUAACCAGUUUAAUUUGGCUCUUCCGUAUAUCUAUCCUAUUUCUUCAAACUAAACUCUGUAAAUCCUUGUCCCCUCCCACUUUAAGUUUUCAGUCUUGUGUCACUUUAGAUAACUUUAGUAAUGUUCCUAAUUUGUAACUAGACCACAGAUAUUGCAUGCAUUUUGUAUUUAGUAUUGUCAAAGCCUGUUUGUAUCCAUUGCUUAUAACAAGCACAUGGAUACAGUAUUAUUAAAUAUUGAUGAUUAUGAUGCCAGCAUGUUGUAUCAACACAAUGUUUAUCAAUUUUAGUUUUUUAAUUUCAUCAUGCUAUAUUUAUGUAAAUAUGUUUUGUAAUUAUAACUUUUUUGUGUGAAUAAAGGUCAUCUAUGUA